AUGCCUGUAAUACUUGAUACAUCCUUCCCGGACUAUAUACUAGCCGGGCUGGAGGAGGUCGCACGGGAGCAAGGAUUUACCGAAGGGAUGUAUCGCUUCGAAAGUGAAUCCGGCUCCAACAUGGGUGACGGGUUUGUUGGACAGCUGGUGAAAGUGUUUAUUCGCGAGGAGGGCCGUGAGCUGAUAGUGUUGUGCAAGCUGCUGCCAGAAAAUGAAUUGCGAAAGCAGCAAGGCGUCCCACUAUUUGAUCGAGAAUCGGAAGCGUACAUGGAAAUUUUACCGCUCCUGAUGAACUUCCAGCGUGAACGAGGUAUUCCGGAAGGGCUGGCCAGAUUUACCAACGUGCCACGAUGUUACUACGCGAAAACUACGGUAGAUAAGAUGGAAUCGGUCAUCAUUAUGGAGGACCUUCGGUUACAAGCGUACCGGAUGUGGGAUAAAGCGAACCCAGUGGAUUUCGAGCAUGCACGACUGCUCAUGUACACAUUGGGCCGGCUUCACGCACUAUCGUUUGCGAUGAAAGAUCAGCAGCCGGAAGAGUUUGCCAAGUGCCGUGAAUUUAGUGACCCUAUGUGCAAAAUGCUAGAUCAAGAUAUGACAGGUUUCGAGAAGAUGAUGGCCGGCAUGUGUCGUAGAGCGAUCGAUACACUCGAAAAGCACGAUACCUUCCGGCGGGAAAAGAUGGAACAAAUCAAAGAUCGCUCUGUGCAAGAAAUUAUAGCGUGUGUUGAUGGAAAAGCUGCCGAGCCUUACGCUAUUAUAGGGCAUGGCGAUUGCUGGUCCAAUAAUAUGAUGUUCCAAUAUCAAGAGGAUGACAAAACGCCUAAGACGAUCAAGCUGAUCGACUGGCAAUUGUCUAGGUAUGGAUCUCCAGUACUCGAUCUAGUCUACUUCAUCUUCAACUGUACCGAUGAGGAGUUGCGUUCACAUAGUUAUCAACAACUCCUGGCCAUCUACUACAACAGUCUUAGUGAGCAUCUACACAAUCUAGGCGGAAACGUUGAGCGUCAGUUCCCGCGCAGUGCAUUCCGCGAGCAGCUGAAAAAAUUCGGUCGCUACGGACUGGUGAUGUCCAUGAUGGUACUUCCCAUCAUCUGUACGCCCAACGAUGAACUACCAGAUACGGAUACGGCAAUGGAAGAAUUCAUGAAUGAAAUGAAUAAUGGCAAUAGUGAGGUUGGGCUGGUAUACGGUACGACAGAAAAGGCCGCCAUUCGGUACAAAAAACGAAUGUCAGGCAAUAUUCGGGAUGCCAUACGGUUUGGAUACAUAUAA